UGGGUGAUAAGAACUUAGGCGAACUCUGCCUGUGGCAGGCAACAUGAAGGAAGAAGCAGCUCUCCUGGCGACCGUCACCCUCCUGGGAGUUCUGCUGCAAGGUGAUCUCUGCGCGAAGAACUUUCCACGUGUCGCCGCCGCUCACCUCUGGCCCUCCCGAGUUCGAGCGCGUCUUCCGAGCCCAGGUAAACUGCAGCGAGUACUUUCCGCUGUUCCUCGCCACGCUCUGGGUCGCCGGCAUCUUCUUCCACGAAGGCGCCGCAGCCCUGUGCGGACUGUUCUACCUGUUCGCGCGGCUCCGCUACUUCCAGGGAUACGCGCGCUCGGCGCAGCACAGGUAACUCGGGCCGGACUUCCGGGAAAACACUGCAGGGGAGGGUCGCUCCGGGACGCGACUCUAAGGGUGGGAGGCGGCGAUCCGCCGCAGGAGACCCAUGGAAAGAGAUCUGGGGUCGGCGGGUGGGCGGUCGUAGCCCAAGAGAGCCGGUCUAACCCGGCGUGGGAGGGGCCUGAGCCUGCGGGGCGGGCCUAGUCUGGAGGGGUAGGGCCUAAACCUAGGGGGGCAGUCCUAGCACAAAGGAGGCGGAGCUUUGGGGGCGGAGCCUUGGCUCCGCUCCCGCUGAGCGCCGCCCGCAGGCUGGAUCCCCUGUACGCGAGCGCGCGCGCGCUCUGGCUGCUGGUGGCAAUGGCUGCACUGGGCUUGCUAGUCCACUUCCUCCCUGGCACACUACGGGCUGCGCUCUUCAGAUGGCUCCAGGUGCUCCUGCCGAUGGCCUGAGGCGAAGGACUUCCAAGUCAGCAGAACUGGAGAUCUUCGAACUAAACGCUGGGGCGCCCACCUCCGAAUCCCAGUUUCUAAUUAAAGUUUCCACGAAG